CAAGCAGACGUCAAUUUCAGAUCGCUCAGCCCUGAAAAGCGUGGGGACGUUACUUUGAAUGCUUAUGUACCGCAGGAGGAUGAAAAGCUCAGCAUUGAGUUAACCUAUUGGCAGCCAGGGACAGACCUGAUCAGCCCUAUUAACGAAUUUUCGGUAUUUGCUCGACAAGAUCGUGUUGCUGCUCACUCGCCUCGCAACGGAGUCGGGCAGGAAGAUGAAGAUUUUCCUAAUGAAAAUCGGAGCACUUUUCUACUAUGCCCCCCUGACCUGACAAUAGGUCAUUUAGAGAAACUGAUUCGAAUCAAAUACGAGCUAAAGCCUGGAAGACAUGAAGUGGCUGUCUUUUUUUCUACAGACGACUGUUUCACUUCGGACUACACGCUCUCUGAUCUCGCCUGUCUCUACGCUUGGCGACGUCAGCAACCAAUGCGCCUUUUCUUCAGCAUUGUUGACACUUCGCCUGCCUCAGAACCUUGGUUGGCCUCCGCAGCUUAUACCAGUUGUAACCAAGCCUCAACUGCUAUCCCCCUCUGUCCUAGUGCUCCGCUCCAUACGAACACAUUUUCUUCCUCAUCACAACCCACCACAGGAAAUUCCGUUAUUCUUUCAGAGACAGCUGUAUCCACACUCACUCCCCCUCAUGGCAAGAUAUCUCCCUUUUCUUCCAGCUUCUUGUCUUCUUUCUCAGCCAAGACACGGCACGUUGCCUCCAUAACGCGGAAUAGCGAAACAAACCUUAAGCAGUUGAGUACUUUAACACGCGGUGAUGAAUGUACAGAUCUGUCUCAAUCCUCCUCAAGAGGUCUUACUACCUCAUUUGGAAAUAAUCCCCGCUAUUCUUCCUCCUCCACCUCAUCAUCAUCCUCUUCUUCUUCUUCUUCUUCAUCUUCUCUUACUGUCCGUUUUAGGACGGUGCCGGUACAUACUAAGUCAGUAGAAGAUACGAGAGCUGGCCGGAUCUCGCCCUUAGCCCAAUCCAAUGCAAUUCAGACGAUGCUAUCGAACCAAAAAGCACCUCCAUUUUCUUCCUCUUCCUCAUCUUCCUCAUCUUCUUCCUCCUAUUCUUCUUCGUCCCCUCCUCCACUCCCUCCUUCCGGCCUGGCAUCCCGACUUGUUCCGAUAACUGGAGUCGCUUCAAAUGAUACAGCCUCCCGGGGCAGGCACUCACAUGCCAGUCUUUUGGUGGCCAAAGCUCCAGGCUAG